UAUACUGGCCUCACACUUUGAUGCUUUAACUAAAAUUCCUUGAAAGCUAAUGAAAAAUGAACACAACCAUGCUCUCUAGCUACCCAAAACACUUCACUCCCCUCCCAAUACAACUUUUCUCCAAAUCUCAAUAUCGCCAUGUAGUUCGUUUUCCCAUCAAAUGCAGCAGCAGCAGUGAUAAUGGCAAUGAAUCGCAACCCGUUACACCACCAAACACGGUGGAGAUUCGAAUCAGAAGACGUCCGUCAAAACGACAAAGGCAGAAGGAAGAAGAAAUAAUUAAUGCAGGGAAACAAGCUGUUAAACCUAAACCACCACCUAAGGAUUGGGAAUCAAUGAAUCUGACUGAGAAGGCAAUUGAAUUGUACGUUGGAGAAAAAGGACUUUUGUUCUGGCUAAACAAAUUUGCUUAUGCUUCUAUUUUUAUUAUAAUUGGGGGUUGGAUACUUUUUCGAUUUGUUGGUCCUGCAUUUGACCUUUACCAGUUGGACACUCCUACUCCUCUUGCUCCUGAAUCUAUGUUUAAAGGUACAGGAGACAAACCUUGAUCCAUUGGAAAGUUCUAGUUUGAGAUCAUCAGAAGAAAUUUUUCCCCUUUUUGCUUUAAUUAGUCCAAUUUUUUGUAACUUGAAAGUUAUUAGUACGACUAGAUUUAAGCAAAUAAUUGGAUACUAUAUAUUUUUGUUAUCCCUUUAACCACUACAGUACUCUUAGUCGUGAUGUUGUA